AUGGCGACGGCGAGGCGGGGAGGAGUGGGCUGGAGGGCGGUUCUUGCGGCGGUGCUGCAGCUUCUCGUGGCGGCGGAGGCCGGGAAGUACAACGCGGUGUUCAAUUUUGGGGACUCCCUGGUGGACGCCGGCAACCUGGUGACCGAGGGCAUCCCGGACUACCUCGCCACGGCGCGGCCGCCCUACGGCCAGUCCUACUUCGGGUACCCCACCGGCCGCUGCUCCGACGGCCGCCUCGUCAUCGAUUUCAUCGGUAAUUCGCAGAUUGGUCCUUUUGAGUCAUGUCUUGCGCAAGAGUUCGGGCUGCCGCUGCUGCCCCCGUCCAAGGCCAAGAACGCCAGCUUCGCGCAGGGCGCCAACUUCGCCAUCACCGGCGCCACGGCGCUCGACACGGAGUUCUUCGAGAAGCGGGGGCUCGGGAAGAGCGUCUGGAACUCCGGGUCACUCUUCACCCAAAUCCAGUGGCUACGCGACCUCAAGCCCUCCUUUUGUAACUCCACCCAAGAGUGCAAGGAUUUCUUUGCCAAGUCCCUGUUCGUCGUGGGUGAAUUGGCCGGAAAUGACUACAACGCGCCGCUCUUUGCCGGGAAGGAUCUCAGCGAGGCCUACAACCUGAUACCCCAUGUCGUUCAGGGCAUCUCAGAUGGUGUCGAGCAAUUGAUUGCCGAGGGGGCAAAGGAUUUAAUUGUGCCUGGAGUGAUGCCGUCUGGGUGCUUUCCAGUGUACCUGAGCAUGUAUGUUGAUCCUAAAGAGGGGUACGGUCCGCGUACCGGCUGCCUCAAGCGAUUCAACACAUUUUCAUGGGUGCACAAUGCGAUGCUCAAGCGUGCGCUGGAGAAGCUUCGUGCCAAGCACCCUGGCGUCAGGAUCAUAUAUGGGGAUUACUUUACACCAGUUAUCCAGUUCUUGCUUCAGCCUGAAAAGUUUGGAUUUCACAAGCAGCCGCCUAGAGCAUGCUGCGGCGCUCCCGGGAAGGGCCCUUACAACUUCAAUCUGACAGCCAAGUGCGGCGAGCCUGGUGCUACGCCGUGUCCUGAUCCAAAGACACAUUGGAGCUGGGACGGCAUUCACUUGACUGAAGCCGCAUAUGAGCACAUUGCCAAAGAAGAAUCUCGAAAUAAUAUAAAACUGCCAGUGACUUCGAUAGAGAUUCUGUUCCGUGCAGUUAAAUGUUGGAUUCUGAAACAGGAUUUGUAUGGUGCCGCCACUAUAUUCCAUUUCAUGAUUGCCCAUGUGGAGCUGGAGCAGCCACCCGGGUUUAGUGGGAGAGCAAGAAGUGUCGGUCCGGGCUACCGUGGAUCCCAACUUUUCCCCAAUAAUUAG